ACUAAUCGCUCCUUUUCCCCCGAAAUUUGACCUCCUUUUGCAAUCGUUUCAACUUUUUUAAACUGCAGCAAAAUGGCGGACGAUGAAUGGCAGACUGUUCCUGAGCGCGCACGCCCGCAGCGUGGCCGUGGUGGCUAUCGUGGCGGCCGAGGCGGACAGCGCAACCGCACCCGCUCAACCAGCACUGCUGGAGCGGCUGACCGCCUGAAGACUGCUGAACCUCAGCAGCGGCGUAACCGGUCCCGUGCGCGUGCGGCCCCUGUAACCUCAGGCCACACGCAGCAGUUCAAACUGCAGACGUCAAACAUGUUUGCGCUGCACGUUGGCAAGAGCAGCCGGGCGCGCAAGAAUGAGGACCUCAAGGAGUUCUUUGAGGCACGCGAUGAUGACGAAGGCGAGGAGGAGAACUUUGACGAUAUCGAUGACGAUGACCUGGAUGUCAGCGACUAUGAGCCACGUCGUUCCCGACCUGUUCCUGUCCUGAUCCACUGCUCGUUCUGUCCUGGUACCAAGACUGGCGAUGAUGGCGAAGAGAUCCCUGUGGCUCGCCCGCUGCUGCGUAGCGCCACGGAACUGACCAGCCACCUGCGCGAAAAUCCACAGCCUGGUAAACCUGAGGACAAGGCGACGUUUGGCCGCAAGGAAACCGCCGAUGACGGCGUAGUGACGUACUUCAUUGAUGCUGCGUCAUGCGAGGCGGACAAGGAGGUGCGCAGCCAGGUGCAGAAGGAGCGGCUAGAGGAGAUCCUGGACAUGCAGGACAUUGAGCGGCACGGUGAGGCACUGGAGCCUCACAAGUGCCUGUUCUGCAAGCAUGUGUGUGACGACCGUGCCGACCUCACAACUUUCAACAUUGGGCUUCCAGACAACCUGGUCAAUGUGAACGAGUUCUUGUACAUCCUCGAGAGUAAGCUAGGCAUCGCUACAAUGUCUGUGCUGCGCAAGCAUAUGCGCAAGAAGAAGCACUUCAAGAUCUCUGCACGCAAUCGCCUGUACGAUCGGUUCUACGUGGUUAACUACCUGGAGCCUGGUAAGAGCUGGGAGGCAAUCGAGAAUGAGAACGAAAAGGCAGACUCGGAGGCCGAUGAGGCUGACCGCAAGGACGACUCGUGGGCCGACUGGGAUGAGAGGGCGGAUCUGCCGACUGUCUCGCUGUUUGAUGACCACAUCUCGUCAUCGCCCGACGAGUGCUGGAAGUACCUCAAGGCCGAGUUCAACUUUGAUAUCCACCAGCUCAGAGCCGACGCCAAACUCGAUUUUUACAAGGACUGUUGCUCCAAGGAGCUGGCGUGCUUUGCGCGCUUUGCGGCCCACGUCAAGCAGGCGGGAGCUGCCCAUCUGGCUGUUCCUGCCGAGGACUCGCCUAUCUGGAAGGACAGCAAGAACUUUGUGCCCGUCAUCGACAGCGAUCCGCUGCUGAUGGCCUUUGAAGAUGACGCAGAUUUUGCUGAUGUCGAUGAGGAGAAGUCGCGCAAGAUGCUGGAGGAAUCGAAGAAGAUCCUGCGCAAAAAGUUCGAUCAGAUCUCGCUCGAGUCCCCGAAAAAGGACGACUGCAACACUGCGGAUGCUGAGCCUGUCUCUCCGACCCCUAAACAACAAUUCCUUUCAUGCUUUCAUCGUCCGAAGUUGCUUGUUUCAGAAUCUAUCCUGCUCUGCAAAUCAACCGCUUGUCCGCGCCAUGGAGUUCCGAAUCACAGGAGGCAGGCAUGGACAUUUGCAUUCUGGCUGCCAGGUGUUGGGACAAGCCAUGCCACCUACCCCAAUUCUGGACGAGGUGGUGCGGCUAGUGAUCCGAUGCAGUAUGCUAGCUAUCCGGUGUGUGUGAGCGUGCCCACAGUUGUCAGCCAUCAUCCCCGACCCCCAGUCGAGGCCCGCUCUUGCGCUGAACUGUACCAGUCAGACUGGGCGACUGUGCGACGCUAUGCCACGAGUGACACCCUUUCUUCCUCGUCGCGACCUCUACGAGAUGAAAAUGUUUACUCGCCAUGAUUUUGGGCUGCAUUAGAUUCUGGACCUCCUUUUCGGCUCCUGUGCGGAAAUGUGACAUUAUUUUGUCCUCGCAGCACCCCUUACAUUUGCGGGUGUGCUCCGCCAGAUACGGAGUUUCUCUAUUUGGCAAGCACCUUCACUGGAGACAAGAAUCUGGCAGAUUCUUGUCUACCACUGAGCUUCGCAGCUUCCAGCUGAGCCCGCUGCACUAUGGCUAUAAAGACCACGCGGCAAACACACACCUCUAGCCAGUGGCAAGACAAAAUUAUUCUGCUUGUCGCCUUGCCUCGAUAUCUCCAAAGUCCCGUACCUAUUAUCCCUCUAUCUCC